AUGCCGCGGACCCCCCCCUCGCGCGGGCGCGACUACCGCGGCGAUCGCACGACGCCUCGUCGCGGUCCGCGGAGCGAGAGCGAGUACAGCGAGUACAGCGAGGACGGCCCGACGCUCUUCGGGAGCCUGCUCCGGACGCUCAUGGCGGGCGGCGCGGUCGUCGCGGUCGCGAUUCUGGUGCGCGACGCCGCGCGCCUUCAUUCAUUCGUUCGCGUUCGAUUCGAUUCGACGCGUCGGCCCGUCCCUCGCACUGGACGUUUCCCGGCUUAUCUCUGCGCCCAUCCCUCGCGUUCAAUCCCGACACACCUCGACGCCUUUCAACGCCAUCUGACGCCUUUGAACCUCACCCCGACAUCAUCGCUCGUGUGGACCCUCGACCCUCAGGAGGGCGACUGCCUGUACCGGAUCGCGGUGAACCGGGGGAUCGACCCGGACGCGCUGGAGCGCAUGAACCCGGAGCUCGCGUCGAGGCCGCACUACCUGCAGCCUGGGGAGCUCGUGCGGAUUCCGUGA